CAUGUCAGAUAAUGAUCCACAUACAUCAGUCUAUUCAUGAACAGUUACCUGAUUUGAUUGUUGUAUGCCAUUGGUUUAGGUGCAUUCUUACGAUGAAUAUCUGCUGCCAAAAUCGAGCUUAUCUGACUACGUGUAUUUGCAUGAUUGUGUAAAGUUUGGCAAGGAUGCCGAAUUCCGGCUUGCUGGUAUUCCAACGCAGUUAAGUCCCGAUCUUGGUCCGGUGGUCGAAAGCUGUUUUACUUCCUGCCUAUCUGUGCGACAGAGUUUGGAAGUAGUUUUACAGACGAUUUACAACGAGAUCGAAAAGUUGUUUGAAAAUUUUAAGCUGAGAGUUCGACUGCGCUGCGACGCCUGCGUACAGAGCAUCAAGGCUUUAUCUGCGUUGCUUGACCGUAUCGAAAGUGAGCGGCUCAACUGGGCGGUGAAGUCCUUGGUAGCUUUCUGUGCUGAAAUUGACCCCGUUUACUGCAGAAGAGACAAAAAGAGCAGCACCAAAAUGUCGUUUUUCGCUUUCAGUGCCGAAACAGCGUACAAGAAUCUGAAGCGUGUAGCCACCGACGUGCUGUCCGCUGUCCAUCACCUGACACAAGUGUUCUGUGAAACGUCGUGUGUCGGCGUAUCUGUGGCUCCACUGGACAACCAACCGUUGCCGGUCAGCGUUGUCCGGGACGUCCACACGGUCGAGCAGCCAAUCGUCUUAAAAAUAGAGACGCUGCACAACCUUCCUUUUGCCUGGUCAACUACGUAA